AUUUUCGGGGGAAAAAGGCGAAAAAACAUACAUUAACGGCUCAAAUUUUGUUACAAACUAUCAUUACAAAUAUUAAAUAGACUGUUCAUAUGUUGGUGUAUCGAUGAGCUUUAAAGUAGUUUGAUUAAAAAAGAAAUAAUUUUGACGAAAUCAUUUUAAGAUUGACGAUACUCACGUUUCGGUUAUUCACGUGUUUAUCCAUGUGUUUUUCCGAUCCAAUUUGAUAGGAGGCGCUGUCUCGAAAAACGAGGGGUCUGAAAAUGCGGGACUCUGGGUGCGGGACUGUGGAUGCAGCAGGCUCCGAGUCUGCAGCUUCAUAAUGCUCAGUGAAAUACCGGAUACAUCUGAACCAUGUCUUCAUCAAGCGCCUCACCAGAGACAGCAGCACUUGACAUCUUUAAAAUGGAACAAAUUAAAGGUUUAAAUGUGGUCCUUCUGGGAAAAACAGGAGCUGGGAAAAGUUCAACAGGAAACACAAUCCUGGGACGAGAUGCUUUCGUCUCAAAGAAAAGCUCCAGAUCUGUUACUCGAGAUGUUGCUGUUGAAUCUGGAUCAGUUGGUGUUAUUCCACUCACUGUUUAUGACACACCAGGAUUAUUUGACACAGAUAUGAAUGAAGAGGAGAUUCAGAAGAAAUAUAAAGAGGUUCUUCAGAGAUGUGAAUCAGGUCCCUGUAUGUUUCUGCUGGUGAUCAAAGCUGACAGAUUCACUGAAGAAGAGAGAAAAACUGUGGAGAAGAUUGAGGAGAUGCUGGGAGGUGAGCGCCUGAAGAAAACCUGGAUCCUCUUCACCAGAGGAGACGAACUGGAGGAAGAAAACAUGACUAUACAAGAAUUCAUCAAUGAAACUGAACCAGUGAAGAACCUCGUUCAGAAAUAUGAUCAGAGAUACCACGUGUUCAACAACAAGACAAAGGAUCAAGAUGGACAAGUUCAAGGGCUGUUCAUAAAAAUAUUUAAGCCAUUCAUGAACAAUUUGGGAGAAGACCUAGAGACAUUGAAGCAGAAUCCACUAAAGAGAAAAAUACCUCAAGAGAUUGAACCAGACGCUCCUGCUGACAGUCUCCCAUCCAGACGGCUUGUUCUUCUGGGUAAAAGUGGUGUUGGGAAGAGUGCAGCUGGAAACACAAUCCUGGGACAGAGAGAGUUUAACUCUGUGAUGAGUACGAGUUCAGUAACCCGUAAAUGUUCAGAAGCUCAUGCCACUCUUUCAGGCAGAUCUGUGUCUGUAGUUGAUACUCCUGGAUUCUUUGACACAAAGAUGAAACAGGAAGAGUUAAUGAUGGAGAUAGCCAGAAGUGUUUAUAUAUCCAGUCCUGGACCGCACGCUUUCCUCAUUGUGUUGAGAGUAACAGACAGAUUCACUGAUCAGGAGCAGCAGAUUCCUCAGAUGAUUGAGAUGAUGUUUGGUCAGGAGGUGUUAAAAUACUCUUUCAUUCUCUUCACUCAUGGAGAUCUGCUGGAAGAUAAGUCAGUAGAGAAACUCAUUGAGCAGAACAGUAGAUUAAGAGAUCUAGUUCAGAAGUGUGGAGACAGAUAUCACGUCUACAACAAUAAAGAUCUGAAUAACAGAGAGCAGGUGAAUGAUCUCCUCCAGAAGAUUGACUCAAUGAUAGAGCAGAAUGGAGGAGGACACUACAGUAACCAGAUGUUUGAAGAUGCUCUGAGAUUCAGACGAGAGGAAGAAGAGCAAAAACAGAGAGAUGAAGAGCAGAGAAAACAACAAGAGGAGAAACAAAGACAAGUGGAGAUUGAGAGAGUGAAGAAAGAGACAGACGAGAGAGUCAGAGCAGAGUAUGAAGUUAGAUUUGAACGAGAACGAGCAGGGAGACAGAGAGAUGAAGAGCAGAGAAAACAACAAGAGGAGAAAAACAGACAAGAUCAAGAAAAACAAGGAGGUUUUAAGCAGUUUUUUUCCAAAUAUGGGAUUUACUUUGUAAUUGGUGGUAUUAUCCUUGGUGGUGCUAUUGGUGCUGGUAUUGGUGCUGCUAUUGGUGCUGCUAUUGAAGCUGGUGGUGGAGCUCUUGUUGCCUUUCUUUGUAAUAAGUUUUCUUAAUCAGAUAUAUGUUUCAUUAACUUUUUCAGACAUGUAUCUAUUCUCUAUGUGGUAAGCAUUAUAAAUGAUCAAAUCAAAGCUAAAUGUAGGCUGAAGGUGAUAAACUCAGAUUGUCAUUAAUGAUUUUAGAGCACUUGCAACAAACUAGAAUUUUCUUUUGUAUAUUGUGACUUAUUUCAUAUAUGCUAAGACAAAUAUACCAAAUAAUAAUAAUAAUAAUAAUUAAACAGAAAUAUAUGCACAAGAAAACAUUAGGACGUUUAAACAGCUUUUAUAAAAAUGCCUAUAAAAAAAAACAUAACCGGGUUGCAUCUUGGGACAAAACAAUGGCACUGACGUGCUUUAAGAUACUUCAGUUUUAAUUUCAUGCCAAAGAUUAAUAUCUGUGUUAAAUUUUUAUUGAGUCAUCUUGAAUGUAUUGAUGAGUGUCACUAAAAAUGUCAUUGUAUGAAAAUGAAUAAAUAUUAUUAUUUUUGGUC